CCCGUGGGUAUUUCGUACCACCUAGUGCGCCGAAUCGUCGGUUCCGAAUCGAUUCUCUCGAAAUUUUCUUUCGCCGAACGCAUCGCGUCCCAAAAACAUGAACGAAUGCGGUCGACCGUCCCCACAACAUUCGGAUUUAUUAUCAGAAGAGAACGACAAUAGGGAAACGACCCUCUUGAACCGCUCGCCGAGUAAAAAACGCGAAAAGGUAGAGUGCGUUCCGGUGAAACAUGUACGCAAACCGACCGACAGGGGACGCAAGACGUUCGCGUUUUGGACCCUCGUUAUUCUGUUGUUUAUUUUGGCGGUCGGUAACUUGAUUUUAACGAUGACGAUAUUCGGAGUGCUUCGCUUAGGCCAAGGGAUGCAGAGCAUCGAGAUCCUGCCCAACGAAAAGGCGAUCAAGUUCUUUGGCGACAUCGACUUGGACCACAUUUACAAACACGACGGUAGAAUCGAGGGGUUCGACGGGGAAUCGGUGGAAAUUACCGCGGAAGACGCCCCGCUGUUGGUAAAUUUGUACUCCAGGGUGAAUCGGGUCGUGAACAAGCUGAAAAUCGACAGGAACGAGACGUGUUUCAACGGGUUCACCGUUUUCGACGUCAAGAACAGAGACAAGGAGACGAUAUUCACCGUCUCCAAUCCCGUGUUUAACAAUUUGAGAAACGCCAACAACCUGAAGACGAAACAAGUGGAAACGAACAAGAUUAGGAGCCCGACCUACGAGAGUUUAAAGAUCGAAAGUGAAAACGUUCACCUAAAAGGAGCGGAAGGCACAAAACUGGAAGGUAGGGAAAUUGUAUGGAAAGCGGACCAAGACAUUUACCUAAAGAGUGUCAAUGGGUCCAUAGUGCUCAGCGGCAAGGAAGGCACCUACAUCGAUGUCAAGCGCAUUCCGAUCGCCAAACUCGACACCAAAUCUUAUGUCACCGCACAGUUUAAAAUUUGCGUGUGCAUGCCGCAGGGCAAAUUGUUCAGGGUGCCCGUGGUCGACGCAAACGAACGUGUCUAUUGCCAUCACAUUAACAUGUCCCCGCAGUAUAAUCCGUGCAUUUAAAUGUUUCCUUGUUUGUUGUAUAUUUGUGUAUCAUAAAACCAGCGCAAAUAUGUUUUAUUUGAAUGGACGUCUUGUCUAGCACGUCCCAUUUGUUGUCGAACCCGUCAAAGCGCAGCAAAAAUUCAUAUCAGGUGGUGAUAUCACUGCCUUGUUGGCCGUUUUCUAAUAAAGAAAUCGCGAUAUAUAAAGUGUAGAUAUUACUAUAUUAAAUAAGAACUGUAA